AUGGGAAGAACAAUGAUUUGUGAUUUAGCAGGACUUGGAAUGUUUUAAAAUAAAAUUUUGAAACAGUGUAUUUUCCCCAAUUUCACCUAACCUCUCCAAAAAAUAAUUGCAGAUACUGUGUAGUGUCUCAAUGUCUAGUUUUCCGUGAUAUCCACGUCGGAGUUCGCCGCCGUUUUCCAACCCUCGAAUCGAUUGCUCAUGCCGGAAUCCUUCUUCCCCACGAACUCGAAAAAUUCACCGAAAUCAAAUCGCGCUAUCAAAAAUACUGGGUCAGUUUCAAUUGGGCUUUGGAACUUCUCAAUGUGGCAAAAACCGAAAAAAUGAUUGAUGGAGAUAAUGCGAGAAAUGCAGUGGCACAAGAGAUCAGCAAAUUUCGACUUGCUCUAACUACAGUAUCAAUGUAUGAUUGGGUUCCGAUUCCAUUGAUGUAUCCACAAUUGGUCAAUAUGGCUGUGUAUACAUAUUUUUUCUUGUGCAUUUUUACGCGACAAUUUUUUAUCAGCACGGAUGCACAUAAUAAAACUGAAGUGGAUUUGGUGGUGCCGUUUAUGACUAUUAUUGAAUUCAUUUUUUAUAUGGGAUGGUUGAAGGUUGGUUAUCAGAAUUUUGAAACAGUGAAAUUUUUGGGAUUUUCUUUUGGAAUCUAAAUAUUUUUGUAAAUUGUAUUAACAAUUCGAAAAAACUGCAAGAAGUUCUCGUGAAAAAUUAUGUGAAAAUUAAGAAACAGUAAAUUUUUUCGCGGUUUUUUUCGAAUCUAAAAAAUCUGAUUCAAUUGUUAUUAAUAGUUCGACAACACCAAUUACUAGAAACCUAUUAUUUCCGAAGUGUUCCUUUUUUCGAGUCUAACAAAGUCUUGGUAAUUUUUAUUAGUAACAUAUAAAUAUCUACUAGAUAAAAAUUUAGGUGAAAAAUUAUAUGAUCAUUUUGAAACGUAUAUUUUUCCGGGAUUUUUUGUGUUCAAAAUCUUUGUGAGCGAAUAACAAAUAUCGUCAAAAUUUAUAUCAUCAUCUUGAAACAUGCAUUUUUGUGUUUACAAAAUCUACCAGAAUUUUUUUUUGCCAGGUCGCCAUGGAACUUCUCAAUCCAUUCGGUGAAGACGCAGAUGAUUUCGAUUGCAAUCUUCUAAUCGAUCGAAAUUUAGCAAUUGGUCUAACUUCAGUCGAUGAAGCUUAUGAUACUUUACCCGAAGUUAAACCCGAUGUUUUUGCUGGCAGAACUGUGAAACCGUUGGAUUCGGAAGAUACUAGAAGUUUGAAAUAUCAUUUGGGUAGUGUUGCUAUGUUAGUAGACUGGGUAGAAGAAGCUAGAUAUUUUGAGGGAUUGGGAAGAAUAGAUUUUGUUAACUUGCCGAACUCUGAAAAUGAGCUAUGACGUAGCAAAGUUUUAGCCUAUAUUCACCUGUGUUUUGCCACGUCAUAACUUAUAUUCAGAGUUGUGCUAAGUAGAUCUACAUAAGUAAUUUCACAUUUCAAAAAUCGAAUUUUUUCAGGAUGGAAGAGAUAUCGUUUUUGAAAAAAGAAGAAAAGAAAAUGAUUGAUGCUGGCAAAAAACCGAAUAAAUUCAAACUUUGGAUGAAAAGUGUGAAAAGAAAACGAUUUGAAACGAGUGCAACAAUGUGUAAUAGUGUUUCGUAUCCUGAUAUAUAG